GAAGGGGCGGGGCGAGGGCGGGGCUCGCGGCGCCGGUGUCCUCCUCCUACGGCAAGCCGGAGGUAGCAAGAUGGCGGCCGCAGAGGAAGGUUGUGGUGCCGCGGCCGAAGCGGACCGGGAAUUGGAGGAGCUUCUGGAAAGUGCUCUUGAUGAUUUCGAUAAAGCCAAACCUUCCCCAGCACCCCUUCCUACCACCACGGCCCCCGAUGCAUCGGGGCCCCAGAAGAAAUCGCCAGGAGACACUGCCAAAGAUGCCCUUUUCGCCUCCCAAGAGAAGUUUUUCCAGGAGCUGUUUGACAGUGAGCUGGCUUCCCAAGCCACUGCAGAGUUUGAGAAAGCAAUGAAGGAGUUGGCUGAGGAAGAGCCCCACCUGGUGGAGCAGUUCCAGAAGCUCUCAGAAGCUGCCGGGAGAGUGGGCAGUGAUGCAACCUCCCAACAAGAAUUUACUUCUUGCCUGAAGGAGACACUCAGUGGACUGGCCAAAAACGCCACUGACCUUCAGAACUCAGGCAUGUCAGAAGAGGAGCUGACCAAGGCCAUGGAAGGGCUGGGCAUGGAUGAAGGGGAUGGAGAAGGGAACAUUCUCCCCAUCAUGCAGAGUAUUAUGCAGAACCUGUUAUCCAAGGAUGUACUAUAUCCAUCACUGAAGGAGAUCACAGAAAAGUAUCCAGAAUGGUUACAGAGUCACCGGGAAUCUCUACCCCCAGAGCAGUAUGAAAAAUACCAGGAGCAGCACAGUGUCAUGGGCAAAAUAUGUGAACAGUUUGAGGCAGAGACACCUACAGACAAUGAGGCCACCCAGAAGGCUCGUUUUGAGAUGGUGCUGGAUCUUAUGCAGCAGCUACAGGAUUUGGGCCAUCCUCCAAAAGAACUGGCUGGGGAGAUGCCUCCUGGCCUCAACUUUGACCUGGAUGCCCUCAAUCUGUCGGGCCCACCAGGUGCCAGUGGUGAACAGUGUCUGAUCAUGUGAAACACAACACGUGUUCCUCCCUGAGUCCCAGCCAUGGGGAACAUCUGGAGUCAGCAGAACCAUUGGGAACUGAGGCAGUAAUGUCAUCUGCUGGAGCAGUCUGCCCACUGGCCUCUCAUCCCAUCCAAGACUGUGCCAUACCACCUGAGGCUUUUCCUAUUCCUAGGAAUAGGAUCUGCUCUGCAGGCCAUUUCUGUGAGCCCUACUCCCUUGUGGUUUUUGCUGCUAACAAAGGCCCAGCUGCCAGGUGAAGGAAGGCAUCUCUUUGAGGACAUGUGUCUUCCUCUCACUCCAAAAUGUUGUAUGUGGCCACACUGAUGCCCAGGGUCUUUGUGCCUUGUCUCUACUCCCUCUUCUAUCUAGGGAGUAGGGGCAGAGUCCUGAGAUUCUGUAUUUCUACAGUUUUCUCAGGCAGAAUGAAAAUGGGGAGAGACUUAGCCUGGGCUGGGGCUGUAAGUCUGUCACUAUGUCCUCUAACUUUUAGACAGACUAUUGUGAAUUCCCUGAAGAGAAAGGGCUUUUGCGUGUAAUCAGAAUGGAGUUAGAAGAGAAGCCUGGGAUUCUCCUCUCUCUAGGUGCUGAGCCCUCAACUCCCUAUUCCAACCCGAGAACUGAAGUUAUUACCCUGGUCUUUCCUACUAUGCUGUUUGGUCUGGGUGAGCCCAGCCUUGACUGCCUUCUUUUGCCUGUCCUCUUACCACCCACUGUAAGAUACUUGUUUAUUCCAACCCUGCUGAGUCCAAGCUAUUACAAAGAAGGGCCCAUCCUUUUUUCUCAUUAUCUAGUUCAUCCACCUCUCACUGACUCCCUCUGUCCCUGGAAAACUUGAUGGUAGUAUCAGAUUGGAGAAAUGAAAAGACCAUUCUUCCCAAAUACAUUCUGACUUAUUUAAUACACCCAAUCCCCUUAGAAUCCUUGGUUCAGGAAGGGAAAGGGGGAGGGAUGUAGCCUGGGUCCCUUUUCCUGCAGGCCCCGUGGGGCAGUGUCUAAUAAAUAUUGUGAGUGAGAGUGUGGCCUAUUUUUCAUCUAGGUCUUUUUCUGAUCUUCCUCAGCUCUGUAAGAUGCACAGUGAGAAAUGUUAGGAGACUAGUUUUCUGUAACAUUUGGCUCCAGGAUCCACUACCACCUGCCUGCAGAGCUCAGUCUGCCCCUGAGUUGGCAAAGGAGACUGGACAGCCAUAUUUCAGUCUGGAAAGCCCUUCACUUGGCAUUGUAUUUCAACAUUUCACACUAGUGUUAGCAAUAUAUUUUGACUUGUAUUGUAAAUUAUUUCUCUUUGAGCUGAUCUUGCCCUUUCUGAGGCUCCCAGUGGAUCUACGGACCUUGGUUGCCAUAUGUUGGGUGAGGCUCUGUUCUGCUCAAUGUAUGAAUGACCAGUUAUUGUUAUUCAAAAAAUGACUCUUGUCAGAGCAGCUUGGUAUUCUGACAUGCCCCUUUCCUGUGGGUUCAGACCUCCCACCCCACCCCUGCCCCCUGCAGUGAUCCCACACCUUCUGUGAUAUUGGCAAAGAAGGAAAUGAUCUUGAGGCCCCAGGUUGUUUGAGAAGGUCCACUUUCUGUAAGUUACCAAAGCAUGGGAGAGCCCAGGUCUGAAUGUGAACUCCUGUACUCUGUGAGAGAUUGGAAAAAUACAGACUUGUGAUGCUGGCCAUGGGGUCUAAAUUCCAAAAUUCUCUCCUUAAAGCUACAGCCAAAAACUAGACAAGGAUAGAGAGGAGGAAGGAAGAACAAAUGGAUCCUGUUCCUUGUGCUCAUUGUCCUAGUUAAAAUUCUCACUUUUGCUGACCUGGCCGGAGCUUACUCCAGGAAUCUAAGUAGAUGCCCUGAUCCAUGUUAGCUGUGUUCUCAGUGCAUUUAUUUUCAUUGUUACUUUGAUUGAACAAGAGCAAAUUGACCUCAAGAUGGCUCUGUUCCAGAAUAACUAUUUGAAUGAUUCUAGGACUUGUAGUGGAAUGGAGCUUGGUACUGUAGAGCAAUCCUUUUCAAACAGUGUGGUAGAGGACUAGGUUUUUUGUUUCUGAAACAGCUAAUCCUUCGUAUCAAUAUGCAUUUCCAUUGCCCAUGAUAUACAGUUUACAUGUGGUAUACAAUUUACACUCUGUGCUUUCCUACUGUCUAAGUUUGGCAACACCUAAGACUAUCCAGACUCUUUUCAGCAGGGUAAGUCCACUGGUCAUGUAGUUGGAUACAUACAACGUCAAAUGCUAAAAAGUUUCUUGAUUUCUAAAUCCUCAUGUCACAGACUGGUAAAAAACUGUUUCAGACCAACAAAAGUCUACAAACCAUCAAUGUAUGAAUAGCACUGCUCUAGGGCCCUUCUUAGAGUAUCUCCAUAGAUCGUAAUCAAAGGGAUAACAUUUCUGUACUUCUGUACAAGAGUUGUUUUGAGAGAACUUGUUCUUCAGCAAGAAUGUAUCACUGUAAGGACAUCUCUGGCAUUCUUACAGCCUUCUUUGCUGCUUAAAAAUAACCGUUAGAGGCCGGCGCCGCGGCUCACUAGGCUAAUCCUCCGCCUAGCGGCGCCGGCACACCGGGUUCUAGUCCCGGUCGGGGCGCCGGAUUCUGUCCCGGUUGCCCCUCUUCCAGGCCAGCCCUCUGCUGUGGCCAGGGAGUGCAGUGGAGGAUGGCCCAGGUGCUUGGGCCCUGCACCCCAUGGGAGACCAGGAAAAGCACCUGGCUCCUGGCUCCUGCCAUUGGAUCAGCGCGGUGCGCCGGCCGCAGCGUGCCAGCUGCGGCGGCCAUUGGAGGGUGAACCAACGGCAAAAGGAAGACCUUUCUCUCUGUCUCUCUCUCUCACUGUCCACUCUGCCUGUCAAAAAAAAAAAAAAAAAAAAAUAACCGUUACAAAGCUUAGAAUUUAAGUUGCAUAUGAAAUAUUUUUGCUGCUUUCAAAGGAAGUGUUCAUUUGCUAAAAAAUUGUGUAUGUUAGGUAGAAAACAUAUGGUUGUUUGGAUGUCUUAAUGAAUUAACACUUGAAUUCAUGCAGAAAUUGUGAUAGUGGGGACAUUUUUCUGUGAUUCUGAAGCAUGUUGUAAAAGCCCCACAAGGCAGUUUUAUACUGUUGGCUUUGGGGAGCCUGGGAAAAAUGGUGGCCCACGUUAAAGAAAGUGGAGAUGGCAGAACAUACAGAAAAGGAAAAGAAGGCUUUGAGGAAAUGGGCAGGUAAGACCGAAUGUUAUGUAACACUGGAAAAGCUAUCAGUUGACCAGAUUCUUCAGAAGGGCCUGAGGAAUUUUUUUAAAAUAAAGGCACUAGGAAAGACACUGAUGAAGGAGUAUUAGCAUCCUUGAAAGUUUAGAAGUGGCCAUUUUUGUAGAUUGAAGCUAAUGGAGAUGUUCAAGAACUGAUUGCCCUGAAAGCAAUGGACCUAAAAAGAUCAUGCCUGACAGCAAAGGCCAGAGUGGCAAGACUUAACCCCUGGGAGCAAGGUAGGUGAAUUUCUCUAAGGGUAAAAGGUCAAAAUGGAGAUGACUAGUAGAAUGUGGGGGUCCUAGAAGCCAGAUAGGCAGCCAAGGAGAGAAGGUUUGAGAUAAUAAUUUCAGUGAAAAAAAAUCACAAUUUCUUGCCCAGUUGCUAAGCAUGAGACUGUUCUUAGAUUCACAAGCUAAAAUUUUUUUUCUUUUUUUAGAUACAUUUAUUUGAAAGGUAGAGUUACAGAGAGAAGCGGAGAGACAGGGAGGGAAAGACAAAUCUUCCAUCCUCUGGUUCAUUCCUCAAAUGGUUGCAACGGCCAGGGCUGAGCCAGGCUGAAGCCCAGAAUCUGGAACUCCAUCCAGGGCUCUUCCCACCUGGAUGACAGGGGCCCAAGUACUUGGGCCAUCUUCUGCUCUUUUCUCAGGCAUAUUAGUAGGGAGCUGCGUUGGAAGUGGAAUAGCUGGGACUCAAACCAGUGCUCAUAUUGGUAUGCUCAUGUUGCAGGUCGUGGCUUAACCUGCUGUAUCACCAUGCCAGCCUCACAAACUAUCAAUUUAAAGAGAACCAUUUACUCUGUUAAUCCUACAGUGGGGAAAGAAGAAUACCCAGAUUUUGAGUUAGGAAACAGAGAUAUAGGAUCUGAGUUGCCACUGAUGCUCAGGGACCCAAAACACCACCUCAGUGCCUAUACUCAACAAUACUCCCAGCCCUGCUCUCAUUAAGAAAUAUGGGGCCAGAUAAUCAGUACUGACCCAAGUAUGUCUCAGUGGAUCCUGAAGCUCACUUUCGGGUCAUUUUCCAGUUUCCAGAUGUGUAAUCAAAAUGAACAUAUUUAGCAGUUGGCAAAAAGACCUAGAAGCAGCUCCUGAAACAUUGCCACAUCUGCCAAGGUAAUAAAUAUUAAAAAUGGUACUGUGUGAGAAGUGGCAGAGAUUGCUUCUACCCUUAAAGAUCUAAAGGAUCAUACACUUCAUUUGUUUCACCUGUUGGGCCUUUGCAACAACUACAUGGCUUAUGGUGGAUGACAAUGGACUAUUGGCAAACAGCCAGAAGUAAUCUUAAUUUCAGUGUUCUUCAACAUGGUUUCUUUACUGGACUGAGUAACACAGCCUCUGGUAUAGGUAUGUGGCUGUUAGCACAUGGAUCAGCAAACUAUAUCCCACAAGUCAAAUCUGGUCCACUGCCUAUUUUUGUAAAUAAAAUUUUAUUGACACAGUCAUUUACAUGUUGUCUGUGGAUGUUUUUGUGCUACAAUAGCAAAAUGGAGUAGUUAUGACAGACCACAUAGCCUGUAAAACCUGAACUAUUUACUAUCUGAUUUAAGGGUGCCAGCGUCUUUGAGAAGUUUGGAAUUAGCUAUUUCUGUAGAUUGAGCCAAGUGGAAGAUGUUAAAGAACUUAGUUCCCUAGUAGUGAUGAGGUGAUAGGAUCCUGACAUAGCAAAGGUCUAAUGGGAAUGCUUAACUCUCGAAAGCAAGGUAUGUGAAACCCUAAUCUAGUGAAUAUUAUUACUGAUCUGAACACUAUCAGAAAGGAGUAUCAGAAGCAUUCUGGUAUUUGCAAGGAUGUACAGCAAUAUGAGAAACCUUCAAAAAAGUUCAUGGUAAAAAUAGAAUUGAAAGAUAAUGUAGGGGCAGGCAUUGUGGCACAGCAGGUUUAAGCUACUGCUUAGAAUGCCACAGUAACAGAGUGCUGGAUCAAUCCUGGCUACUCUGCUUCCAAUCUAGCUUCCUGCUAAUGUAUCCUGAGAGGUAACAGGUGAUGAUUCAAGUGCUUGGGCCUCUGCCAUCCUUGGGGAGACCAGGAUAGAGUUCCAGACUCUUGGGCUUCAGCCUGGCUCAGCCCUGGCCGUUGCAACCAUUUGAGGAAUGAACCAGAGGAUGGAAGAAUUGUCUUUCCCUCCCUGUCUCUCCCCUAGCAUGGCUGUUGUGGGCAUUUAAGGAGUGAUCUGACUCAGUGUUGUUCUGCCUUUCAAAUGGUAGAUGAAAACGAGUAGAUAUUUUUUUAAAACAAUGUGAAUUUUCCAAGACUUUCGGAAGUACCUAUGCAAGGGGACUUCGGAAAAUUCAGGAUAAAUAGAAAUCUAAGCAGUUUUUUCCUAAUACACAUUUUUCAUGAAGUUUGAAGACAUGGAAAUGCAUGGAUUUCAAAAAUUUUUGCACCAAAAUGAACUUACCUUUCAACCCCAUUUCCAUGAAGUUUUUGGAGUACCAUUGUAUUUUCACAGUCUUGACCUAGAGCUAUGUUAAUACUCCCCUUGUCAUAGUAUAGGAUAAAGGGACCUGGGCAUUCCACAGAAUAUCACAUUUGGUGUAUUAAGGUUUUGGGGUUUUUAAAAACUUAAGAUAUUUGUUUUUGUUUUGCUCUAAUGUUUAGGAGCUAUUUCAUCUUUUUUAAUUUUUCAAUUAAGUUUUUAAAAAAAUUUGUUUGAAAGGUAGACAGAUCUCUUCCAUUUGCUGAUUCACUCCCCUAAUCCCACAACAGCUGGGGGCUGGGCCAGGCCAAAACCAGGAGGCCCAAAUUCAGUUCAGGUCUCUCAGUUGAGGGGCAAGGACCUGAGUACUUGAAUCAUUGUCUACUGCCUCCCAGAAUGUGUAUUAGCAGGAAGCUGGAAUCAGAAGUGGAUCCAGCAGUCAAACCAGGCACCCCAGUGUGGGAUGCCAGCCUCUUAACUAGUGCAACAAACACCCACCUCAGUGGUUAUGUUAAUCAGGUAUGAAGGAUAUGUUAAUCAAUCCUAUCCUGACGACCAAGAAGUGUUAAUGGUUGCCUCUGUUAGCACCAUGUGCAUGCUGACUGCUAACCAGUUGCACGAUUGGAGUUUCAGCAGUGUCAGAACUCUGGAAUCCUUGGUGGGAAAUGUGUUCUCAAGACAGUGGGAGAUAAAACUAUAGAAAUGGCAGGGACCUGCCCCGUUGGUGAAAUUUGAGUCCAGUGGUGUUGGAGCAUUCUGGCAUAUGCCAUCUGAAGUAAAGGACGGGUUAUUGCAGGCCUGUUAGUUUUUGGAGGCAUAUAUUCUGCACUUGGGAUGCAAGAAAAGAUUCUGCAGUAGGUCCAGGAAGCCAUAUAACUUGAAAAAUUCCAUGGUACUAGAGGUCUCUGUUGCAGGAAGAGAUGCAGUGUGGUUUCCCUGGCAAUCUCCAGUUGGAGUUCCAGCCCAGACCUUCAGGAUUCUGAAGUAAAUGAUGGUGUCUUCAGCAAAGAAAAUUUUACCAUUUGAAAAGUAUCUCCUGGCAUGCUGUCAGGCCCUGAUAGUUGCCUAUAUAAUUAGUUAUCAUCAGCUCAGCCAAAUGAUAAAGUUGUGUGGACAACAGUAGCUGUCCAUCUUAAAAAUGGAAAUGGUACAUUCAAGAAGCAGCCCAAGCAAAUUUGGUGGCAGAGGUAACAAGGAACCUCAGGAUUAGCUCUGUUACCACCUUUCUGUCAGCUCAUAUCUAAUGGCCACAUGAACUAUCUGAUAGAAGAGGAGGGGAAAAAAUCAUGUUUAGUUGAUGAAUAGGUUCGUUGGUUUAAUAUGCUGGGGCAAGCCGGAUACCGACAGCUUUUCACUGUAGCCCCACUCAAGAGUGGCCCUGAAAGACAAUAAGAGAAGAAAUCUUUUCAGUGUAUGGGGCUUCAGGCAGUAUACUUGAGUAUCUACUUUGGAGGAAAAGGUGGCUGGAGAUAAGGCUAUAUAUGAACCCACACUGCUGGUGAGUUGGUUGGUCAAGGUUCUCAAAGGUCAACAAAGUUUAAUGAAGAGCAUUUGGAUGGAUCAGUGACUGGCACCUAUUCAAGUAUUCACCAGCCAAGCAAGUGGUUAGGAUGAUUUGGUCAGGAGUACCUCAGCUAUCUGGUGCUUGCACAGAAAGCUCAUAUAUUUGUAGUCACCAUAGUGACAGAUGGAGACUCAUUGGCUUAUUAACAUGGACUCUUCUGUUAACAGAGGCUGAUUUAGCUGCUGCCAAAGCUAAACAUCCAAAACUGUGCGCCCCCAAUUCAGUAAUACUCAAGGAGAAUAAUCAGCUACUUAGUGGUGAGUUGAUUACACUGAGACUUUCUUGUUUGAAAGAGGCAAACAUUUACCCUCACCAGGAUUGAAACAUUUUGUUUGCCUAUCCUGUCUACAGUACCUUAAUCAGUGUUACCAUCCAAGGACUUAAUAUAAAUAUCUGAUCUACUGCUAUGAGGUCCAACAUAAUGCCAUGGAAUAAGGCAAAGCAGGCAUGCAGUGGGCACAUUACUAUAGUCAAGUGGGUUGUAGGGUCCACUGAUCCUACCAGAUUCAUUCAGGAUGUACUGGCCUGGUGGAGCAGUGGGAUGACAUUUUGAAGGGGCAGUUGUGUAAGCAAGGCAUGUCUUUCACAAUACAGAAUAAACUUUCUUUAUAGGGUGCUUUAUCACCAGUAGGCUCUGGAACCAAGGAGUGGAAAUAAGAGUGAUCCUGUUUGGCACUAUUCCUAGCAGUCUGCUUGAGGAAUUUGUGGUUCCUGUCCAUGCAACUUGAAGCUCUGUAGGUCUAGAGGUACUAGUUCCCAAAAUGGAUAGGCUUCCAUAAGGUACUACAGAAGAAUCUCAGUAAACUUAAAGAUGUGGUUGCCAUCUGAUCACUCUGGGUUCAGCAAACUUAGCAGGCAAAGAAAAGAACCAUACCGCCACAGUAUAAUUGACUUGUAAUUUCUAAGGAGAUAAUACUGCUGCUAUAAAAUGGGAAAAGAAGAAAGUAUGAUGCAAAGUGUUCCCUAUGAUAUCUCUUGGUUCUCCCAUACCUAGUUUUAAGUGUAAGUGGGGGGGCCAGCGCCAUGGCUCACUUGGUUAAUCCACCUGUGGCGCUGCCAUCCCAUAUAGGCUCCAAGCUCUAGUCCCGACUGCUUCUCUUCCAGUCCAGCUCUCUGCUGUGGCCCGGGAGGGCAGUGGAGGAUGGCCCAAGUGCUUGGGAGACCAGGAGGAAGCACCUGGCUCCUGUCUUCGGAUCAGCACAGCGCCGGCCAUAGCAGCCAUUUGGGGAGUGAACCAACGGAAGGAAGACCUUUCUCUUUCUCUCUCACUAACUCUAGCUGUCAAAAAAAAAAAAAAAAAAAAAAAAAAAAGUAAAUGGGCAUGGUCACCAGGGCUGAGAAUCUUCAGGGAUCAGGAUCUGAGUCACUCUACCAGGUCAGCCACCUAGGUCAGCAUAAAACUUAGUCUAGAGGGAGCUAGAAGGAGGAUGAUGAAUAUCAUUUAUAGCUUCAGAACCAAGUGCAGCAACUCCUCUUUUAAGUGUUCACAGAAAUUGUGACUAACUGGAAUGCUGGAGAAAGUGCCUGACUAGAUGGGGUGAACUUAAUGUACAAGCAAAUGGAUAUGAGCAGUGCCACAUGUAGAGUAUACCAGGGCAUAGUUGGUAUCCUGCCCAGAUCCCCUUAAGCCUGCAAGUGAGGGCUGCUGGAUCCUUAAGAACUACUCUGUGUCAACAGAAGCCACUUCUGGACAUUCUUGGAAAGUGUGUCAAUUUCCACAAAGAAGUCAGGAUUCUGGUAGGUAUUGCUUUGACAGUAAUGACAGACAAUCAGAAAUUGCUCUAUCAGCAAAUGAUACUGAGGUACAAGAUCUGCCCCCCCCCCCUUUCUUCAGAGUGGGGCAAAUGUGCCAUUUAUGUUCUAGAGUUCACGCCUUAGCACCUUAACCUAUAUAUUUGCCUAACUUUCUCUUCUUUCCUAUCUUGCUUCCCUCAUUUAAUUAUAGUUUUUACUUGAGAGCACUACUUCUAUAAACCAUUUGCACAGAAUCCUUGCUUAGACUCUGCCUCUAGGAAAUCCAACCUAAAACUGGUAAAUACUGGUACCAACUAAGAGAUAACAAGAAUGGGAGCACUUUGGGUUUGUCAGCAGAUAAAGAUGAGUUUAGUUUUAAAAUUCUGAAGUACCAUUGACAGAAUCGAAAGCAACCUCAACUUGAUAGAAUGCAACUAUGAAAAACUUAGAGUUGAAAUAUUUAUUGGUGGAAGACUAGAUGCUUUUCCCCUAAGAUCAAGAACAAGACAAGAUAUCCAGUAUCAUUACUUUUAGUCAACAUUAUACCGAAAGUUCUAAUCUGGGCAAUUAGGCAAGAAAAAUAAGUAAAAGGCAUCCAGAUUGGAAAGGAAAAAAUAAAACUGUAUUCACAGAUAGCAUUAUCUUAUAUAUAGAAAAACCUAAGGAAUCUACUAAACUUAUUAGGACUAAAGGGUUCAGCAAGAUUGCAAGAUACCAAAUCGGUAUACAAAAAACAGUUGUGCUCUGUUUGCAAUGAGCAUACAAAAAGAAAGUCAAGAAAAUAGUCCCAUUCACAAUAGCAUUGAAAAAGCUCAGGUUUUAACAAGAAACACAAAACUUAAUACUGUGAAAACUAUAAAACAUAGUUGUAAGAAAAAGUUCUAGAAUGGGAAAACAUCCACGUUCAUGGAUCAGAAGACUUAACAUUGUUAAGAUGGCAACACUGCCCAAACAAUAUCCACAUUUAAUGCAGUCUUUAUCGGAAUCCCUAAAUGACUUCUUUGUAGAAACUGGCAAGUUGAUUCUAAAAUUCACAAGAAAUUGGAAUGGACUUGAAAUAAAUCGAUCUUGAAAAUAAGAUAGGACAAUUCACCACUCAAUUUCAGAAAUUACUACAAGUAAUGAUAUGUGGUAUUGGCACAAAACAGGCAUAGAAAUCAAUGGAAUUGAAUUAAGAGUGCAGAAAAAAAGCAUCUGUGAUCAACUGACUUUUCAAAAGAGUGCCAAGACCAUCCAGUGUGGAAAAAUAGUCUUUCCAAAAGUGGUACUGGGUUAACCAGGUAGCCAUAUCCAAAAGAAUGGUGUUUGAUCCUUAUACCAUUUAUGAAAAUUAAAAGAAAAAAAAGAGAGAGAAGGAUCAGAGGCCCAUAAGAACUAAAACUAAAGCCCUUAGAAGAAAAUACAGGAGUAAACCUUCAUGACUUUGGAUUCUGCAAAGAAUCCUUAGAUAUAACGCCAAAAGUAUGAGUAGCAACAACAAAAAAUAAAUAAAUUGGAUUUCAUCAAAAUGUAAACAUUUUGUGAUUUCAAAAGAUAACCAUCAAGAAAGUGAAAAGACAACCCAACAGAAGGAGAAAAUAUCACAAAUCUGAUAAGGGACUUGUACCUAAAAUAUAUGCUCAAUAAUAAAAAUAACCCUGCUUAAAAAUGGGCAAAGGAUCCGAAUAGACCAGAGAAUAUAUAAAAGUGAUCAAUAAGCACAUGAAAAGAUGCUGGAUAUCAUUAAUCUUUAGAGAACUACAAAUCAGAAACCACAGAAAAAUAUCACUUCAUAUCAACUACAGUGACUGGAAUAAGAAAAGUAUUGGCAAGAAUGAGGAACAAUCGGAAUCUUCGUAUGUUGCUGCUGUGGAUGUAAAGUGGUGUAACUGCUUGAGAAAACAUCCUGGCAGUUCAUCAGAUGGUUAAAUAUAGAAUUAACCAUAUGACUCAGCAAUUCCAUUCUUUGGUAUGUAUCCAAGAAAAUGAAAACAGGUCUGUCUGCACAGAAGCUUGUAUAGAAAUGUUUAUAGAAAUGAUUAUUCAUAAUAAAAGGUGGAAACAAUCCAAGUGUCCAUCAACCGGUGAAUACAUAAAGCACUUUGUCUAUAGAAUGGAAUAUUUGGCCAUAAGAAGAAAUGUACUAACAAGUGCUACCAUAUUCAUGGACUUUGACAACAUUGUGCUAAGGCAAAGAACCCAGUCAUAAAAGACCACAUAUUUUAUCAUUCUAUACAUAGCAAAGUCCAGAGUAUGGAAGUCCAUAAGACAAAAAAUAGAUUAAUGGUUUCUUAGUGCUGGGUGGAAAGAUAGGAAGAUGGGGAGAUGAUAACUAAAGGGUGUUGGGUUCCUUUUUUAAAGUUUAUUUUUAUUUGAAAGAGCAAUACAGAAAGAACUUCUAUCUGCUUGUUCACUUCCCAAAUGGUCAUAGUAACCAGAGCUAGGACAGACGGAAGCCAUGGGCCAGAAACUCCAUCUGGGUUUCCCACAUAGGUGGCAGGGACCCAAGUACUUGAGCCAUCAUCUGCUGCCUUCCAGCAUGUACAAUAGGCUGGAUCUGAAGCAGAGGAGGGACUGAAUCUUAGGCACUCUGAACUGGUAUGUGGGCAGCCCAAGAAGCUCUUAACCUGCUGUGCCACAACUCCUGCCCUUGGGUUUCUUUUUUAAGCUGAUGAAAAUGUUUUAAUAUUGACUGGUGGUAGUUGUAUAUGUCUGAAUAAAUUUAAUGCCAUUGAAUUGUACACUAUGAAUUGUAUGUGAAUUAUAUCUGAAUGAAUCUGUUUUAAAAAGUUAAAAAAAAAAAAAAAAAAAAAAAAAAAAAAAAACAA